GUCUCACCACUAAACCAGACUAAGCGCUGCCUGCUGUAUUACUGAAGGUGUCCGAGGCGAGCGCCUGACUGAGAGCGUUUCUAUGUUUGUCUGGUCGCGAGAGUUCGUGGUUGUAAAAUGAGCUCUUCAGAGGACCGGUGUCAAGGGACAAAGCGACCCGCAUCUCCAAACGAAGCAGGACCCACACAAUGGGCAUCAGCAGACUUGGGAACAGACGAAAGGAGGCAGAAGUUUCUGAGGCUGAUGGGGGCAGGAAAGAAAGAGCACACGGGGCGGCUUGUUAUUGGAGAUCACAAAUCAACAUCAAAUUUUCGUACAGGUGCAGAAGAUCAGAGGAUGAACUCUGAGCUCGAGCACCAGUACCAACAAGGACUAGAUGGCAAGAUUUCUGGCCGGAACAGGAGACACUGUGGCUUGGGUUUCAAUGAGCCUGCUCCACAAACUGAGAGUCAGAGCACCGUUGAAUCAGGAAAGCCAGACAGCCCCAACCAGACCUCUGAGAAGACGCACGAACAGCCGGAGGAUCAAGAAAAGACACAUUCACCAAGCACAGACCAUGAAAAACAGGAACAGUCAAAAAACACGCAAGACUCAAAGGAGGACAAAAAAAAGACUUUUAAAAUGGCAUUUGUCAAGGCAUCAUAAAAAAAACUUCAGAUUCUUUUGUUCUUUUCUCCCUAAAGUUCUCUCUCCAGUGAAUGGCAGAGAAAAGGCAGUUUUUAAUCAAAACUGCAGCUUUCUUUGAAACAUCAAUUUGUCAGUUUGGAAGGGUUGCAAAGACAAUUUCCUCCCUUUACUUUUUAUAUGUGCACACAUUCUGAAAAAUAAAAUCAUCAGUAUCAAGUGUAAUAAAUAAUUGUCCUAACAUCAAUAAAGCAAAUGUAAUUUACAUCGAUA